UUUUUGAAUGUCUACUGUAAAGCAGUAGUUACGUGGAAAAUUAAAUACAUAUAAUUUACUUCUUUCUCUGAAUGCAGCUGAUCAGUCAAGAGAUCUUAGGUAUCUAAGGUUUGCGUAUUUAGUUUUGCGCUGGAGAUAACAAUCAUAAUGCACCUUAAAGUGUGGAAAACCGCUUUUCUAGUUGAUUUUUCUGAUUUGUUUUACUCUUUAUGUAUGACCCUGAUUCCUGUUUCAUGUCAUCUUCUGUGUAAGUUGUAUGUGAUGAGAAGGAUGUGCCUUUUCCUAUAAGUCCUCUUAUCUCUCCUCCAUUAUCUCUUCUCACUCUUUUCAAUCUUUAUUCCACAUCUUAAAAAAACAAACAAACAAACUGGUAUCCAACUAAUGACUGAAAUACUGUAAUGAUCUCUGAGAUCCUAAUAAAUAAGCUGUCCAAUUCUAGUUCAGUCUGAAUCUCGCUUAUCCUACACAGGGUGACAGGGGAGCCUAUCCCAGGCACUUCGUGGCACAAGGCACACAUUCCAGACAAUUUGAAAAGCAAAUCAGCCUACAAGGCAUGUCUUUGGACUGGGGGAGGAAACCAAAGUACCCAGAAAGAACCCCAGAAACAUGGGGAUAACUCAUGCAAACUCCACACACACAGGACAGGAUUCAAACAUGAGCCAAACACGCUAACCACUAAACCACCAUACCAUUCCUCAAGAUGUUUUCUUUCAACAUUUUCAUUUUUGCCGUGUGAAACAUUACAUUAUAAAUGGUACAGUUUUAUACAAUUUACACAGGCUAAUGCUAAACUGCCCACAUGGGGAAUGAAAUAACUGAACACUAUAGUAGCAUUAGACACAUUAUCCAUACAAGCCAGUGUCAUGUCGCCUCCACAGCAGUAGAUGGUGAUACAAAGUCAGUUUGAUGACAGAAAAUAUCCACCGACAAAAUACUGUAAACAGGACGUCGUAUUCUGUGCCUACAUGACCACUGGUAUCAAGAUCGUUUGCUUAUGCAGUUGGAAUUAGAAUAAAAGAGUGUUAUUUUUUCCCUUUUCUGUUGGAUGGCUGAAGAAGUGAGAGAUGAGGUUCUGGCAGCAGUAGUACACACUUCAGGAAAUGCAAAAUCAUCUUAAGAGUCAUGGAGACUGGUUUGCCAUCUGCACCAUGCCUAUGUCAGAUAAAACCGGAACAAAACACACAACCACCUAAAAAUGGCUGCAUCUUGUUGUUGCAAACUGUCAGUCUGCCCGCUGACUUGACCUGCCCUGUACGAGUUAAACAGGAAUCGGAUGUACCUCAGUCUGAAAGUUUGCCUUGUCCUCAAUUUGAAGAAAUAAAGGAAGAGUCUGUUGAGAUGAAUGAAUUCAUUAAAAAGGAACAGCAUGAUGACUCUAGCCUGACCCUAACCAGUGAAGCAUCACGCCAGUGUGAUGAUAACUUACCCCAUGGUCUGAUUCCUCCCAUUGAAAUGGAAGAUGACGAGUGUGAUGUAGAAUGUGCUGAAAACGUAAAUACAUGUCUAAAUACAUUUUUAAAUAAAAAAAGAAAUGCUGCUAAAGUAAAGCUUCGUGCUUCAAAUACAGACAAGAAAUGCACAGGCAAACCGAGAAAGGCACAGAAAUGUACAAAAUAUCACUGUGUCAAGGGCCGUGAUGGCAGGACGUUGUUAAAAACAUGCACACGCACUGACAGUGAAGAAGCAUUCUGGUGUGAAACUUGUGGAAAAGAGUUCAAACAGUAUGACUGUCUCAGUAACCACAGGAGAGUGCACGGAAGAAAAAGGCCAUACGCUUGUGAUCAGUGUGGCAUGAUGUUCACCAAACCUGCUUAUCUGAAAAUCCAUCUGCGCAGACAUGCUGGGGAAAGGGCAUUUCCUUGUGACCAGUGUGACAAGAGGUUUUUUGACAAAUACGACUUAGGAGUGCACCAGCGAGAUCACACAGGAGAAAGACCAUACGUGUGCCAAGAGUGUGGAAGGAGCUUCAAACGGAUUUAUAUACUAAACAAGCACAAGAAAACUCAUUCAAAUGAAAAACCUUUUGAGUGUAAAGUCUGUGGGAAAGCCUAUAAAUAUGGUUACAGUUAUAGGUUACACAUGAAAAAUCAUUCGGCAUAGAUAUUAUCAUGGACACACAGCCAAAAAAAAAAAAAAAAGAUUGAAAAAGAGAUUUUUAAUUUUUUAUAUAUUUUUUUAUGAAUGCAUUGUUUUGACAUUUUGUUUCUUUUUUGAUGGAAUUAUUCCUUUUAGCCUGGCUACACAGAUAUAAAGGUUUUAACAUAAGAUCGUAAAAUGUUAUAAAACUUUUUUUUUUUUUAAAUAACAGCAAUAAACUUUGUGAAACAGCUUAAAAGUGAUUAAAUUUUUUUUGCAGUUUUAUGCAGGGUUUUUAUUUUAUAUUUUUAUUUUUAUUUUUAUUUUUAUUUUUUUUUGCAGUUUGUACUGAGAAUUUAUGGAAUUGGUUAUUUGAAGAUCAUGUGACUACUGUGUAUCCAAAAUAAGAAGUCGUCUACUAUGUUAGAGAAUUCAUUCUACCAGCGGAUGUCUGUCUUUCAUCGGUUUCAAUUUGAGAGUCCACUAUGAAAGAAUUGCACUGAUUAAUCCAGAAUGUGUGUAAUACCUGUAUAAUAAUUCAGCAUUUUUCUUCCCUGAAGUGAGUGAAGUGAUGUACUAGUUUAAGUAUAAUAAUAAACAGUUUAGAAUGUUCUUUGCUUUGGGAUCUUUUUCCUGACAACACCAAAAUGAUUGCAUAAUGAAUGUUUAUUGGUGUUGCUCGAAUGUUUAGGAUAUUAAAAGAGUAAAUUUUUUCAAAAAGCCCUGAUUUAUUCUCAGGGAAUGUCUGAUGCUCUCUGUAUUUAAUUAAACAAUUAAUAUAUUUGCAAAUCAGUGAAAUGAAUAAAUAUGAGGGGGAAAAAGGAAUUGUUCAAAUAAUCAACAAAUUGAUAAUUAAACAAAGUUAAAUAAUAUAAAUAAUAUCAUUAAAAUAAAGCAGAAAGUAGUUAUAUGUUUUCCAUUAUGUGAUGACCAUUUGUUAUAUAAUUUUUCUUUACAACACCACAAGGUGGAGUAUCAACAUAAAGUAUGGAGAGCUACAUGCAGUUGAGUCAGACAGUAUUUUUUGACAUUAGAUGUAUCGCAUGAAUACACUUUUAAUAGUUUUGUUCUAACUCUGGGUAUGGUGCAUUGUUACUCCAUUAAAACCACCCUUUAAAGAGAUAUAUCUUAAUGUAUUUUUAUAAAUAACAUGCCAAAACUCUAUGGAAGCAGCGUAAACCCCUUAAAGUGCAGCAUUGUUUAUUAGGGGUAGUAUUACUCGGUUUAUUUGUCUGUUAACCACAUAUAUGCUUGAUGCUUGCCCUUUAAUAGUCCUGUUGCAUUUAUUUAUUUGUCUGUUAUAGUAAUGCAUCUUAAAAUACACAAUAGUGUUUAUUUUAAGUGACUGAGCUCAUCUAGCAAUUUAAACUGAGAGCAUAUUUUUACAUAGUUUAAUUUUAAAUAGUAUGUUUUUACCAUGAAUGGUAAUAAUUGAAUCAACGUUUCAUCAAGCAUUCAUGUUGCCACUUGCCCAAUAUUUUACCCGAGAUUAAAGAAGUGAAAGAAACUGUUAUAGAUCUACUCGGGAGUUGCUCGGAAAUCUCACCUCUAGCUAAAUAAACAGGACCAUUUGUUUUGUGUGAGUCUGUUUUCCACACCUAAAGCCAGCAAUAGGAGCUGUUAUAAUGUAGUAAUUACGCUUAAAGGCUUAAAGGAGAAAAAUUAGUUUAGUUUUGUUGUUGUGAUGUUUCCAGAAACCAGUAUAACAGAAGUGUGUCAAUUUUUUAACUCCUUUUAUGAAAGAAUUAAUGCUUGUUUUUCUCGAAUCUUCCUCAUCGAUAUGCUAUAUAAAUUAUAUAAUGUCUAUAUGUACACUUCGUAUAACUUUUUAUUUUUUAGAUUUUGACAUCAUGAUACCUGCAUAAACAUAAUACCAAUCAAUCUAUCUGUAUGACUCAAAUAGUUUUUAAUAGAUUCUGCACUACAAUUUCUUGUUUGAGAUUCUGUGUUGACAUGCCCUAGCAGCUUUCCAGUAUGAAUAUGUAAUAAGUAUUUAAUAGUAACCAAUAAUGAUCAAGUCUCCUUAAUAUACAUGCACAUAUAUUAUACUCCGUGUGCUGAUUGGCUUUUGCAGCUGAUGACGCACACAGUUACCUACUGAAUACGCAAUGAGGUCCUAGCUGUAGCUGUGCAAAUAAAGAGAGAUAACGGGCCGCGAACAACGCGUGUAAAACUCCCUUUUUUUGUUAUGACAUAUUAGAGGAAUAGUUUAACGAGUGACUGACAGGGAUCCCAGUGAAGGAAUAUCGCUGUUCAAGCUGGGAGAAGGGCGACAUUUCCAGUUGUGGGGUGUGGAAAAGCCCGGGACGCGCCGUUAUAAACUUAGCCCUGCAAGUCUCCGAAGUGUCUAAAACAAGUGACUGUGGCAGAGGAGAAAGUUCGCCGCAGUUAAAGAUGAGCUUGUUGUCUGCCAUUGACAGCAGCACCUCGGUGUACCAGCCCGCACAGCUUUUAAAUUGGGUUUAUCUCUCUUUACAAGACACGCACCAGACCAGCGCUUUCGAUGCUUUCCGACCAGAAGCGAGUUCUGGCCAUCCGGAUCUGAGCUACAGCAAAACCCCUGCAGCCGAGCUCAGCUCCUCUCUCAGCUCCAACUAUCUCAACAGCUUCUUUCAGCUCCAGCGCAACGAGGCCUUGAAUAAUGGCUUAUAUAAAAGCGUUUCUCCAUAUGGCUCUCUGAACAACAUCGUGGACGGGCUGAACUCUCUAACGGACCACUUCUCCGACCUCUCCCUGACCUCUGAGCCGCGCAAGCCCAGCAAGAGACCUCCGCCUAACUACCUGUGCCAUCUCUGCUUUAAUAAGGGCCAUUACAUCAAGGAUUGCCCUCAGGCUCGGCCCAAAGGUGAAGGACUGACACCUUAUCAAGGAAAGAAGAGAUGUUUUGGAGAGUACAAAUGUCCCAAAUGCAAAAGGAAGUGGAUGAGUGGAAACUCCUGGGCCAAUAUGGGACAGGAGUGUAUCAAGUGUCAUAUCAACGUGUACCCUCACAAACAGCGUCCUCUGGAGAAGCCUGAUGGCCUGGAUGUUUCUGACCAGAGCAAGGAGCACCCGCAGCAUCUGUGUGAGAAGUGCAAAGUCCUGGGCUACUACUGCCGCCGCGUGCAAUAAAGACCUGCAGGUCUGUGCCCACUGCCCAUCUUCCCCUGUGCCCUAUCCACGAAGAGCUCCAAGAAAAAGUGAAAUGUGCCAAAAUGUUCUUGUAAAUAUCGCUAAUGCAAUUAUGGCCUUAUGUAUCAAAAGUAUAAAACACAUUUAUUUGAUAUAUGUGUAUAAUUGAUGAUGGAAAAUAUGUUUUAGAAAGGCGUCACUGCCAGUAUUGAUACUGGGCACAAUGGGUGACCUUAACCUUGUGCUCUCUGACUGCGUGUUUACAGACUGCCGUCAUUUUCCCUGUCAAGUGAACUAUGUGGAUGUGCUGAGUGGUAAAGGUAUUAUAUUAGUUCAGUCACACAGGGCUGAGUAUGCCUUGCAAUGUUCUUUGGGUCAGCAGCACACCAAUUUAACUGUGAAUUAACAGGGGAUAUCAUACUAAUCAUCCCUGGCUUUUAUUUGCAUAUUUAUUUGUUUUUAUAUC